AGCGCAAAACACUCGCUCAGUAACCCCUCAGCUUGUCUGGGCAACUAGCAGGCCGAGCCCGUUUGACCCGGCGCGCGUCUCGUACACCGCCGCUGAAAAAUAUCAAAUCAAAGGCGUGUUCAAAUGGUUCGAGCGAGAAGUGGCACUUGAAGUGGCAAAAAAUCCUUCUCUUGCUAUUACUGAGCCAGUACUAUGUCUGGGUUUAGCUAUCCGGUACGACUUGCCCGUGACGACGGGGCUAGCGCUUCGACAAUUGGUAAAAUGCCCGAUUCACGAUAUUACAACUAACCUUCAGCAUCUCUAUAUCUCGUUCGAGUCAUUGAUUCGACUGCGGGCAAAACGAGUUGACCAAAUGAACACCCUGGUGUUCGAUAUCGAACGAAGUAUAAGCGCAAAAGACAUCACUUACUGUGCCAAACACCGAACGGGUAUAAGGGGUUGGGUCAUAUCAGCGAUCCAUGAAAUUUCUAGGGAACCAAGUUGGGACGCUUUAGAGCGUGGCGUUCAGUCGUCGAAUCGAACGGUAGGAUGCUCUUGCAAGUCGUUCAGCCCAUCAUCAGAAUGGAAGACCAAGGCACUUGCCCUUGAAAUGGAGCUCCUUACACUAGAGAAUGGUACUUAA